AGAACGCAAACUGCGAUGGGCCGCAGAGCUCAAUUGAGCCACAACUUAUAACUUUUGUUGGUGAUCUUCAGCCUUGCGCGACCCACCAGAGCAACCACUUUCCCGCCCACGGUCCCGUCCGCUUCGCGCGUCGAGUGCUAUCUAGGAGCUACGGUUGCGCAUUGCGAAAUCCAGGACCAAUUGCGAAUACCACUUGAUAGUUGUCGAGCACAGAAGAAACCCUUUCUCUUGCCAUUUCUUCGAUCAUUAUAUCACACAUAUCACGAACCCUUAACGCUACGGACGAACCUGUUUUCACUUGUUGCACAUCCUUGCGACUUGACAUUUUACGUCUACCUUCAUACUCGAAUGUCCUUAUACGAAGCAUAAAUUUAAAUAUAUCCGCUAGGGCGAUGGCUGCCGGCAAGAAAAGAAAGCUCUCCGACGUUAGAGCCAGGGAUCAAGAGGGAGACGAGACGAUGCACGACGUGGAGAACGCAGAGGCACCAGCAGCCACGUCCCCUUCCCCGAAGGGCUCAGGCAGGCGAAAGAGAGAGGAUGUGUCUACGAUGGAUGUCGAUGGAGUAGACGAGGAUAAUCAGGAAUCCGUGACUCCAACAAGGUCAACUCGUCGACGAUCUGCAGGGAGGCGAAAAGUUGUUCAACAAAACGAGGAGCAAACGGACGAUGAUAAUGAAGAAGCAACGCCACCGAAGAGCAAUACUCGUUCGAGCGGCCGACAGAGAAAACCUCCGAAGAGGUACGAGGAUUCCGUUGUCGAAAGAAGGACUCCGCGAUCGUCGAGGAAGAGUGCGGGCACACCUUCUCAAGAGGGUAGGGUGACGAGAAGCGCGAGACGGAACGCUGAGACACCUGUAGCGGAGGGUGCGAACGGAGAUGAAUCACCUGCGCCGGCAACCAAUUUGACGAGGAGAAAGUCGACGAGAGCCUCUGUGAGAUUCAGUACGACAGAGACGGAAAGUACAAGAAAACAUGACGACGAGGAACAAUCAGAGAGUGACGAGCGCAUGCAAGCGGACUCUGACAUUGAUGAAUUCGGGGAUGAUUUGGUCGCAUAUCAGUUGCAGCAAGACCUUGUUCCGAACAAUGUCGAUGGGCAUGAAGAAACUACCGUGACUGUGGAGCAACUCCCUGAUUACGUUGAAAGGUUCAAAAUUCUUUGCCAGGACGGUCUCCAGGAAGAGUUGAGACUGCUGAGCAAGCUUGUCUUGGAGAAGCUUACUGGCAAACGUCCUGUUCCGCUUAAGGGACUGGAAAAUGAAUACCAAAAGACCCAUCAACUGAUAGAGCACACUGUUUCUGCCGGAGAAGGAAACUCGAUGUUGCUCCUUGGGUCACGAGGCUCCGGAAAGACUGCGAUGAUCGAGACUAUAAUCUCAUCAUUGAGGAAGAAACACAAGGAGGAUUUCCAUGUAGUCCGCUUGAACGGAUUCUUACACACUGAUGAUCGACUAGCUUUACGCGAGAUCUGGCGGCAACUGGGACGGGAAACGAAUACAGAGGACGAGGCAGCCAAGGUUAACAGUUAUGCCGAUACGAUGGCUACGUUAUUGGCGCUUCUAUCACAUCCCGAAGAACUUUUUGGCCCUUCUGAGAAUGGCGAAGCUAUCGCCACGGCCAAGUCAGUUGUCAUUAUCUUGGAUGAAUUCGACCUCUUCGUGUCUCAUCCCCGGCAGACUCUGCUAUAUAACCUUUUUGAUAUCGCGCAGGCGCGAAAAGCACCACUUGCAGUCAUCGGUAUUACAACAAAGGUAGACGUUGCAGAAAUGCUUGAAAAACGAGUCAAGAGUCGAUUCAGCCACCGAUACGUGUUCCUUCCUUUGCCUCGGACAUUCGAGAUGUUCUCGGAUGUUUGUUAUGCUGGACUGGGGCUAGAGGAUGAUGAGAUUGCAGCAGAAACAGGGGCGUCGGGUGGUGAAGCAGGUGACACGAUGGAGACUUCUCUCUUGAAAUCCACUGGCAUGAGAAAGUUGCUUGGUGGCUGGAGGGAAUAUCUGAUGAGCCUAUGGGAAGACAAAGGGUUCCAGCACCAUCUACAGACUAUAUACUACCAAACGAAGUCCCCCAAGGAAUUCUUUACUAGCGCACUAGUGCCUCUGUCGGCGAUGCAUCACAGCACCUACCAAGAGUCUAAGGAUGAAGACAUCAGCCUAGAGAUUCCAACUCCAAAGUCAUUUACGUCGCAUACUUUGUCAUGCCCCGACCCAGCGCCUCCUCUUCCAUUCCCACCAUCCUCAACAAUUUCUGCGAGCACGACUCCUCUCCCUCUUUCACUCUUGCUGGCUGCUACUCGCUUAACAGCGCUCCACGAUCCUGGUUCAGAUGCUGCGCACCCACAGCUUCUCGCACCGCUUGCUAUAUCGUUCCCCGCCGCGUAUGCUGAAUAUGUCCGGCUUCUUACAUCAGCCAAGGCAUCUGCUUCGGCAUCUGGAGCGACUGCCACCCCCGGUCGUGUCUGGGGACGAGAUAUCGCACGAGAAGCAUGGGAAAAGCUGGCUGAAUGGGGCAUAAUCGUCCCGAUAGGUGGCGGUGCUAAUACGGCAGAUGGCCGGAUGUUCAGAAUUGAAGUUAGCUUUGAGGAGGUCGUGGAUAUGGUGGGCGGCGGGGGUGCCUUGGGAAGAUGGUGGCGUGACGGUUGAUGAUGUUCUUUCAUGCAUAUCCACUGCCCGUUUUCUCUUAUAGAGAUAAAUCUGCUUAUCAGGCCCGGGCAGAUGGCCUAUCAAAGAUUAGCCCAUAUACCAUGUCAUGUCGUUUAUAUGUAUUUUGAAAUGGAAUAGAAAAACGUCCUGUCGAAUAGAAUAACGCCAGGAUUAAUAUUCCAGAAAUUACUGCCUUGCGAUUAAAUAUCUUCGUAUUAUUCUCGAUUAUACAAGUCAUAUUCCAGCGUUAUACCUGGGCGCGGUCAAAGUCCUGACAACCACUUUGUGGAGAUUAACAUCUAUCAAACACCAUACUAUAUAUUGUCUUGAG